GUGAAACACUACGGACGCAAGACUGUUGCUGAGUGAACGAGUUCAGAAUCAAUCCCAUCGUCAAGAGGCAGGCAACAGAGAAUAAUCUGCCAUUUACUGUAACGUUUAAAUGGAUUAUAAUAUGUGAAAGUGGAGACGUGAGGCUGACCUGAAUAUCAUGGAGGAGAGGACCAUAAAUGUUAAGGAGGAGGACUGUGAGUGGGAGAGUGUCCACCCCAAACAGGAGAGUCUGGACAUCAAGCAAGAGGACAGUGAACUGGGGUCAGUGAGUAUUAAAGAGGAGUGUGUCAGCACUGAGAUUCACAACUGUAUGAGUACUAAGAGUGACAAGAAAGAUGACCUUCAUUAUGGAGAUCAAGAUGGAGCAGUGACCGGAUUAGUCUGUUCUCAUAGAAGACACUCUUCAUCUCCGGAGUCUUCUAUCAAUGUAAAAUAUGAAUCAUUAGAGUCUGACACAAAGAUGACUGAAGGAAUAUCAUCUCCUAGAACUGUGGAAGGUCAGCUACCACCUAAGACGUCAUCUAAAACAAGAAUCAAACUUCACUGCUGUACUGAAUGUGGCAAACAGUUUUCAAGAAGAUGUACUCUUCAAAGGCAUCAAAGAAUCCACACAGGAGAGAAGCCAUAUGACUGUUCUGAAUGUGGCAAAACGUUUUCACAGAAAAGCAUUCUUCAGACCCACCAAAGAAUUCACACAGGGAAGAAGCCGUAUGACUGUUCUGAUUGUGGAAAACAAUUCUCUUAUAGUAGUCAAUUUCAGAUACACAUUAAAACUCACUCAGGAGAGAAGCCGUAUUGCUGCUCUGAAUGUGGCAAAACGUUUUCACAGAGAAGCAGUCUUCAGAGCCACCAAAGAAUUCACUCAGGAGAGAAGCCAUAUUGCUGCUCUGAAUGUGGUAAACAGUUUUCACAUAAAAGCAGUCUUCAGAGCCACCAAAGAAUUCACACAGGGGAGAAGCCAUAUUACUGCUCUGAAUGUGGUAAACAGUUUUCAGAAAGAAUCGCUUUUCAGCGCCACAGAAUAAUUCACACAGGACAGAAGCCAUAUUGCUGUUCUUUAUGUGGCAAAAAGUUUUCACAUAGAAGCAGUCUUCAGACCCACCAAAGAAUUCACACAGGGGAGAAGCCGUAUUGCUGUUCUGAAUGUGGUAAACAGUUUUCACGGAAAAACAGUCUUCAGAGCCACCAAAGAAUUCACACAGGGGAGAAGCCAUAUUACUGCUCUGAAUGUGGUAAACAGUUUUCAGAAAGAAUCGCUUUUCAGCGCCACAGAAUAAUUCACACAGGACAGAAGCCAUAUUGCUGUUCUUUAUGUGGCAAAAAGUUUUCACAUAGAAGCAGUCUUCAGACCCACCAAAGAAUUCACACAGGGGAGAAGCCGUAUUGCUGUUCUGAAUGUGGUAAACUGUUUUCAGUUGGAAGCAGUUUUCAGCGCCACAAAAUAAUUCACACAGGGCAGAAGCCAUAUUGCUGUUUUGAAUGUGGCAAAAAGUUUUCAAAGAGAAGCAAUCUUAAGAGGCAUCAAAGAAUUCACACAAGAGAAAAAAAAUGACAAAAAACUCCUCCACCUUGCCCACAGAUGAUCACAGUACAAUGCUAAGCAGUAGAAGAAAGAAUUCAUAAAGUUUAAUGAAAACAAAAGAGAUGUAAUUGGGGAAGCUACAAGUAAAGUGGUAAAUACACUGGCCACCUCCAACAGCCUGAUGUGGAAACAGAUCUUACUCAUGCAUAGCUUAUGAGGGGCGAACUAAUACCAAAAGAUGUACUCCUCAUCAUAGAUGCAGAAAACAGUGUCUUGGACACAAAGUGGUUCAGAUCAAAAAUAGAAAAAAAUAAAUAAAUAUCCCAUAAUUGUCCCUUCUGCCACAAAGAGCUAGACACAGUCACACAUCUUGUUGCUGGGUGUGAGGUACUGAUUACUGAAGGAUUUUACACUGCACAGCACCACAAAGUGGCCAGGCUCAUUCACUGAAAACUUGGUAAGAAGUACAACUUACCCUCACCAGAAAGACACUGGGACCACAACUCAGACCGCACAAUGGAAAAUGAGGAGGUGCAGGUCAGUUGUAGCACAGCAAUACUGACUGAAAAAUAGAGGCCAGAAAACCAGAUGUAAGAAAUCCUGGAUAACAGAAGUAUUAUCUCCUAGUCAUUACUCAGUCUGAAGAAUGGACAGGCAAGAAAGAAACAAAAUACCAAGAAAUGCAGUCUGAGAUAUGACAAGUGAAAUGUGGACCGAAAAACAAAAACAGAAGAAGUGCCUGUUGUUCUAGGAUGAACAGGACUGAUAAAGAAAAAU